UUUUCCCGAGAAGCGAAAGUGAAAGUACAUUUUCAAAACGUGAACAGCUCGAACAGCUCGUUGUUUCGGCGACAAGGAGAUGACUUCUACCAAUGAAUAUUAAUGAUGAGUCCGAUCUUAACGAUCCUCAGCUACGUGUGUCUGUGUGCAGGUGUGCAGAGCGUCCACCAGGUGUCAUGGCUGCCCUGCCACUUCACCGACGAGCACGUCUUCCUCGACGCCGAUGGCCACACCCGGACUGAGCACGUCCCCCGGGACGCCGUGCUGCAGUUUGGCCCUACAGGAAACCCCCCCGCCAACCCACGUGCCGUCACCUUCCUGGUCACCGGGUCUAAGUUGGACCUGCGGCGGUUCCUGGAGGGCGCGGAGGCGGAGCAGCUGGAGUGCGAGCUGCGGCGGUACAGCACCAAGGGGGUCCACGACAUCAGCUGGCCGGUCCAGGGGGCGGGGGGGCAGGAGCACAACCGCUGGUUCAGCUGCACCCUCGGACACGCCAACGGCCUGUUCAAGGUCACGGGCUUCCUCAGACACCCGUCGGACCUCCCCCCCCCGGAGCGCCAGGAAUACCACAGCUGGCCCGCCAUCGGGGACGGGGAGACUCUCGUGACGUCAGUCGCCAUGGUCAUCAAAACCCAACCUCCUGCGGUGCGAGCCGCACUGGGCUCCGCGCAGAAGCUCCACUGCCGGUUCUCCGUGGACCACAAAGGACCCAACGCGACCGUGGAGUGGCACCGGCGGCGCCGCGGCGAGGUCACCCGCCUCUUCAGCCACGCCGCCCGCUCGGGUGUCGCCGCGGGCGGCGGCGUGGCCCUGAGGGGCCUCGCGAGCGGGGACGCCUCCUACGACCUCCCCUUCGCCGAGGUGAGGAGCGAGGCCUCCUACAUCUGCUCGGUGUCGGUGCCGCCGCUGCUCGGCUCUCUGGAGAUUGACCUGCACAUCGAAGAGGCCCCCCGCGUCUCCCUCAACAUCGGACCCGCCCUCUCGCUGCCGGAGGGCGGCGAGCAGAAGGUUUCCUGCCACGCAGAGGGCUACUACCCUCUGGACGUGGAGAUUGUCUGGCACGUCCAGGACGCGGCGGCGGCGGCGGCAUCGGGCCGGCGGGUCGGCGCCCCCCUCCCGAAGGAGCUCCAGAACGUCCUGCUGUCCAGCCACAGGCACAACCAGGACCAGACGUACUCGCUGACCUCCUUCUUCUACCUCGAGGCGCGGGCCGAGGCCUCCGGGAGGCUGUUCACCUGCAGCGUCUCCCAUCCGGCCCUCAGGAUGCCCGUGAAGAAGAGCUUCGUGCUGACCGUGGAGGAGAGCAGUGAUUGGAUGCUGAAGCUGCUCGGCGGCCUGGUGCUCGUCUCCCUGCUGUCCGUCCUGUUCCUGCUGCUGAGUUACCUGCACUCAGCAAGACGACGCUUUGUGCAGAAGAAGCCGUACUGAGCAGCGAAGGAGGACUCACUCAAGUUUGCUUUUUGUCUGUUUUGGGAGUUUCAGUGAAACUAAAUGUGUGUUUUUUUUUAUGCUUCGAUUCAGCUCGUGGUAAAGAAAUAACUUAAGUACCUGACUGGUAUCAAUACACAUUAUUCAACUGUGUCAAAUGCAGUUAUUUGCAGGUGUUCUGAUCCACUGUUUAAAUUAUUUUAAAAUAUGUAAAUAUUGUAUCAUUGAAAAUGUUAGUUAUUUUCCAUCAGAAUGUGAUUAACGACUCAUGAAUAAAAAACCAAUCACUUUACGUCCAAUGUUAAUAAUUAUUAUAACUUUAUUUUCUUUGCCAGGCUGCAAAAGCAAAGCAGCAAAACCACAGAAAGAUGAACACAGGAAAAACUAAGCAAAGUAAAGAUCAACAUCAAAGCAGUGGCUUCCAUAAGAACAGAGUAAGAUCAAAUCAAAAUAAUAUAAUACCUUGAAGCAGUGAAACAAUGACGUC